AUGGCUACUGCUGCGGAGGCUGAUUUGGCCCGUAUGGGCUACAAAUCAGAAUUGCCCAGAGGUCUAAGCAUGAUGAGUGUUCUAGGACUGUCCUUUGCAAUCAUGGCUGUGCCAUUCGGACUGAGUACAACUUUUUACAUCACUCUCGCAGAUGGUCAGAGUGUGACAAUCUUGUGGGGAUGGGUUCUAGUGUCUUUGAUAUCUCUGUCUAUUGCAGCUUCAUUGGCUGAGAUCUGCGCUGUCUUUCCUACUGCUGGUGGUGUGUAUUACUGGGCAGCUAUGCUGAGUACCAAGAAAUAUGCUCGAUUGAGUUCUUGGAUCACUGGUUGGCUCACACUUGUCGGCAACUGGACCGUCACAACAUCGAUCAAUUUUUCGGGAGCCCAGCUGAUCCUGAGUGCAAUCAGCCUCUGGAACGAGGAUUUUGUGCCUACGGCAUGGCAAACAGUACUAAUGUUCUGGUGUGUGAUGCUAAUAUGCAUGCUCAUCAACAUUUUUGGUGCCAAAUACCUUGAUCUCAUCAACAAGGUUUGUAUCUACUGGACUGCAGCCAGUGUGAUUAUCAUCAUGGUCGUUUUGCUUGCCAUGGCAGACAACUACAGGAGUGGAGAAUUUGUCUUUGCCCAUUACGAUGCAAGCGGUAGCGGUUGGCCCAGCGGCUGGGCUUUCUUUGUUGGUCUCCUGCAGGCUUCUUACACGUUGACUGGUUAUGGCAUGGUUGCCGCGAUGUGUGAGGAAGUCCAGAACCCUGCUCGCGAGGUGCCCAAGGCAAUUGUUCUCUCUGUAGCUGCUGCGGGUGUGACUGGCGUCAUAUAUCUGAUCCCGAUCCUGUUUGUUCUGCCAGAUAUUAAGAUGCUCUUAGACGUCGCCAAUGGCCAGCCGAUUGGUCUUCUAUUCAAGACUGUUACGGGCUCAGCAGCUGGUGGUUUUGGACUGCUAUUCCUUCUUCUAGGCAUUCUCUUCUUCGCCGGAACUGGUGCUCUGACAGCGGCAAGUCGUUGCACUUACGCUUUUGCUCGUGAUGGUGCAAUUCCUGGAUCUCGCAUCUGGUCUCGAGUCGACAAACGCUUCGAUAUUCCCCUGUGGGCGCUCGUGCUUUCAACAGUGGUUGAUUGCUUGUUAGGUCUCAUCUACUUCGGUAGCACUGCAGCAUUCAAUUCAUUCACAGGUGUGGCCACGAUCUGCCUCUCGACCUCAUAUGGUUUGCCGAUCUUGGUCAGCGUACUUCGUGGACGCAAAAUGGUCGCUCACUCCUCCUUCUCCUUGGGUCGUUUCGGCAUGGCAAUCAAUGUGCUUACAAUUUGCUGGAUUGCCUUGGCUGUCGUCUUGUUUUCCAUGCCGGUCACGCUUCCAGUUGACCCGAGUACGAUGAAUUACGCAUCUGUCGUAUUUGCAGGCUUUGCCGUCAUCAGUAUCGUAUGGUACUUCAUUCGCGGACGUAAGGCAUUUACUGGUCCUCCAGUGCCUGCUGAUGUGGAUGUUAGCAGCGAAGUAGGCGUUGUCAAGGGCGAAGCCCUCGAUCCGGAAGACUUGGAGAAGAGCACAAGCGCUGUGCACAAGAAGAUGGCCGAUGAGCCAACAACAACAACCAUAAUGUGA